AUGGCUCAUCAGGAGAAAGCAACAAGUGGAGUGGAGUGGAGAAUAACUUUGGGAGAUGGUUCUUCAAAGAGUUUGGUCCCAGAGGCAGGGUUUGUCAGCAGAAUCUGGAUGGGGCUAAAGGGUCUGUUAGCAGGUUUGGUUUUGAAAGUGUCGAAGUUCUUAAAGAAAGCAUGGGAUUUAGGGGUAGAUGACCCUAGGAAAGUGAUCCAUUGUCUAAAAGUAGGAACGGCACUCGCUGUUGUCUCACUCUUUUACUUCAUGAGACCUUUGUAUGAAGGUGUGGGUGGAAAUGCUAUGUGGGCUAUAAUGACAGUUGUGGUUGUCUUUGAAAAUACUGUAGGUGCAACAAUAAGCAAAAGUUUGAAUAGAGUGUUUGGAACAACUCUUGCUGGGUUUCUUGCCUUUGGCGUUCAUUGGGUGGCUAGUCAGUCAGGACAGGAAUUUGAGCCCCUGAUCAUUGGAGCUGCAGUUUUCUUAUUAGCUUCUGCUGCAACCUUCUCCAGAUUUAUUCCCUCGGUAAAAGCUCGGUUCGACUAUGGAGCCCUGAUCUUUAUCCUCACUUUCUCCUUGGUUACUGUCUCUGGUUAUCGAGUGGAUAAAUUGUUUAACAUGGCUCAUCAAAGAAUGUCUACGAUUAUCAUCGGAACUUCUUUAUGCAUUCUCGUAACCAUGCUUAUUUGCCCCAUCUGGGCUGGUCAGGAGCUGCAUAAUCUUAUCAGCCGCAACAUGGACAAACUUGCCAAUGCUUUAGAUGGUUGUGUAGAAGAGUAUUUCGAUCAUAAUGGUGAACUUAAAGACAGCAAUAAGCAACCUGACAAGAAAUUGCUUGGUUAUAAAUGCGUUCUCAGUUCCAAGAGCACGGAGGAAUCCUUGAUCAAUUUUGCUAGAUGGGAGCCUGCGCAUGGCCGCUUCAACUUCAAACAUCCAUGGCAACAAUACCUUAAAGUUGGUGCAUCAAUGCGCAGCUGUGCUUACUGCAUCGAGGCUCUUAAUAGCUGCAUCGUUUCAGAAAAUCAGGCCCCUGAGCUCAUAAAGAAGCAUCUGAGCAAUAUUUGCCUGAAAGUGAGCUCCAACUCUUCCAGUGUCGUAAAAGAGGUAGCAAAAACUAUCAAGACAAUGAAAAAAUCAUCCUCCAUAGAUUUCUUGGUUGAAGAAAUGAGCAAUACGGUACAAGAUCUCCAAAAUGAAUUAAAAUCUCUUUCUAACGUGCUCAGUCCACCAGAAGUUUUACUUGCUGAGAGCAAGGAAACAAAAGAAACAACCUCCACAAUCCAUCUCCUGGAAGUUAUUCCGGCGGUAACUUUAGCCUCUUUACUGAUAGAAAUAUCUUCAAGGAUCCAAGCCAUUGUUGAAACGGUGGAAGAACUAGCUAACUUAGCUGAAUUCAAGGCUGAAGUUCAUGACAAGGCCAAACAAGAUCAACCCAAUAUUACUAGAAUUGCACCAUGUCAACUCAACGAUGAUCAGACACUUAGACCGGCUCUUGAAAGGGUCUGA